AGAAGCGGGGGUGGGGGCAGGUCAGCUGCUGCCCAUGGUUAUCAAUACGUGGAACUUUACGGAGGCCAAUGCCAUGGCCUGGAGCAUGCUGAAGCAGUCGGCGGGUGGAGUGCGUCAGACCCGCAAUGCGGUCGUGGAAGGUUGUACCAAGUGCGAGCAGCUGCAGUGCGAUGUCGCCGUUGGAUAUGGAGGAUCACCGGAUGAGUCGGGUGAAACGACGCUGGAUGCAAUGGUCAUGGAUGGGACUACGAUGAAUGUGGGCGCUGUGGCGGGACUGCAGGGCAUUAGGGAUGCCAUAAGGGUGGCCAGGCAUGUCCUGGAGCACACAUCACACACCUUGCUGGUGGGCAAUGCUGCAUCCCAGUUUGCCAUGGCAAUGGGAUUUCCACAGGAAUCGAUGAUAACGCCGGAGUCAAAGAAAAUGUGGGAACACUGGAAGGCUGGCAAUUGCCAACCGAAUUUCUGGAAUAAUGUGCAUCCCGAUCCAAAGCUCUCAUGCGGUCCCUACGCUCCAAAAGCGACGCCCCUAACACGCUGGAAUGAGGAUCGUGCUCGCACGGAAUACCAAAUUGGACAACGGAAUCACGACACCAUUGGCAUGAUAGCCAUCGAUGUGAACCAGCAGAUACAUGUGGGCACCUCCACAAACGGAGCAAAUUUUAAGAUACCCGGCCGUGUCGGGGAUACCCCCAUUCCCGGUGCCGGCGGCUAUGCGGACAACGAAGCCGGAGCAGCUGUGGCCACCGGCGAUGGCGACAUUAUGAUGCGCUUUCUGCCCACUCUGCUGGCGGUGGAGGCCAUGCGAAGUGGCAAGUCACCUGGCCAGGCUGCCGAGGCGAGCAUUCGACGCAUCCUCAAGCACUACAAGGACUUCAGAGGCGCGGUCAUCGCCGUCAAUCGACAGGGACAAUUCGCAGCUGCCUGUUAUGGAAUGACCGAGUUUCCCUAUGUGCUCAGCAACCCGCAGCAAACGACGAAGGUGGAGACAGUCAAAUGUUUGCCAACUCCGACGGAUGUCAAAAUGGCGCCCUUGACAACAUUAACGUAA